AUGCCUGACGUGGCGGCUGUGUCGAAGGGUGGUGCGUCCCGCAAGGCGUCGAAACAGUCGCUGAUUAAAGUCACCAAGAAGCCGCCUAAGAAGCGGAGAAAAUCUCGCAAGCAGAGCUAUUCCAUUUACGUGUACAAGGUGCUGACCCAGGUCCACCCCUCCACCAGGAUCUCAUCCAAGGCCAUGAGUGUUAUGAAUUCCUUCUUUGUCAACAUCUUCGAGCGCAUCACCUCCGAGGCUUCGCACCUCAUUCACUACAACAAGUGCCACACCAUCUCGGCCCGGGAGAUCCAGAGCACCAUCCGCCUCAUGCUGCCAGGGGAAUUGGCCAAACAUGCCAUCUCCGAAGGCACCAAAGCGGUCACCAAAUACACCAACUCCGUUUAG